UUAACGCGGGACCAUAAUUCAGGCUUUCCAUCCACGGAGUCAAAGUUUGUGUCGCGGAUCAGCAACACACACACAAACCCGGACCUGGAGCUGGACACACGCUGACUGGACAAGAUGUCGGUCGCAGGAAUUAAGAAACAGUUUUACAAAGCCAGCCAGUUGAUGAGUGAGAAAGUUGGCGGAGCCGAAGGAACCAAACUGGACGAAGACUUCAAAGACCUUGAAAAGAAAGCAGAUGUUACCAGCAAAGCAAUAGUGGAUGUCAUCGGUAAAACAUCAGAGUAUCUCCAGCCCAACCCAGCAACAAGAGCUAAGCUCUCUAUGCUCAACACAGUGUCCAAAAUCCGUGGGCAGGUGAAUAGUCCAGGAUAUCCACAGCCUGAGGGCCUUCUGGGAGAAUGCAUGACUAAAUAUGGAUGGGACAUGGGCAAGGACACGAACUUUGGCGGGGCUCUGGUAGAUGUUGGUGAAGGGAUGAAGAGAAUGGCCGAGGUCAAGGACUCUCUGGAUAUUGAUGUUAAGCAGAAUUUUAUUGAUCCACUUCAAGCAGUUGCUGAAAAGGAUAUCAAAGAUAUUCAGCACCAGCUUAAGAAGUUGGAGGGCCGGCGUCUUGACUACGAUUACAAAAAGAAACGUCAAGGUAAAAUCCAAGAUGAAGAGAUCAGGCAGUCCCUGGAGAAGUUCCACGAGUCCAAAGAGCUGGCUGAGAGAUCCAUGCAUGACCUACUAGAAACUGACGAGGAGCAGGUGAGCCAGCUGUCGGCCUUUGUGGAGUCUCUGCUGCAGUACCAUAAACAGGCCUCACAGAUCCUGGAGGAAGUUACUGACAAACUGAGAGAAAGGGUAAAUGACGCUCAGUCUCGUCCCAAGCGUACAUACAGUGCCAAACCCAGACCAGCCUUGGACUACGGCGAGCUGGAACACUCAAACGGAGGAUAUUCAUCUUCUCCAGCUUGCCCUCCAGCUUACUCUGCUGCCCCAGCACAAUAUCCAGUACCAUCCGUCAAAAGAACCUCUAUCAGGAACAGACCCCCUGAGCCAUGCUGUAAAGCCCUGUAUGACUUUGAGCCGGAGAAUGAUGGGGAGCUGGGCUUUCGCGAGGGCGACAUCAUCACUUUGGUCAGUCAAAUCGACGACAACUGGUAUGAAGGAGCACUUCGUGGAAAAAGUGGAUUCUUUCCCAACAACUAUGUUGAAGUGGUGGUGCCCCUGACACAUUAAAACAUCUGGCAACAUCUGGAUGAAGUGGAAAAACGGAGGGUGAUCAAGGUUUUAAGAGUAUCAACCAAAGGAUACAUUUUUCUUUAUGGUAAUGAAAGGGUAGAUAUUGCAAGGAAGUGACCAAAUGACAACACAAUGUUUCUAUUCUGCAAAGAUUUAAUGAAUUUAUAAUUGUGAGAACAUUAAGCACAGUGGGAUGUUUGUUCAGAAAAAGAAUGCCGUGUUUUUGGGUGCAUUAACAAUAUGAGUCUUUACUAUCUUUCUCUUUGCACCUACGCACUUUGUACACUACACCUCGACAACCAAAACUGAAGGCAAGUGACCCUGAGACAGUGGCAUGUGUUUGACAUGUGCAACAGUGAAUAUACUCAAUUUUUCUUAUUCUAUUUUAUUCAAUAUAUGACAUCUUGUUCUGCGUAUUAUUCCUUUUGAAACUGCUUACAUUUUUUACACACCCAUUUUUAACCUUUGUGCCUGCAGACUUCAGCACUGUUGUUGAUCAAAGACUUUUGUAAGUCAACAGGGGGCGUUGUCUGGCUUUGCAGAUGUUUCAGACCAUCCUUUACUGCCAUCUGGUGGUCGUGUGCAAGGACUUCUUCUUAGCUCCUUGCUUCUGUGGUACUGGCAUUAUUUCUGUCAAAUAUUUCUUAAUGAACAGGUCAUGUAGCCUCUCCUUGGUUUAAAUGACAACUUAUGCAAGUCUAAUUAACUGUUCUAUAGUGCAUAAGUGCUGAGAUAUCCCAAUAAUAGUACACUACAUUAUAUUUAUCAAACGUAUUGUUAACCAUGAGUCAAAUUGAGUUGUUGUUGAAAGCAGUCUGCCCUCAUUAUCCUUAUCACCAAUGCCUGACAAAAGUUGUCCGAAUUCCAUAAUUGCAAUAGAUCGAAUUUGUUUUGAAACGGGUGUAUUGCACUCAGUUUCAUGUACAUGUUAAAAAUAAAUCUUUUACAUUUUAUACACUAAUUUUUACCCACUUGGUUAGUGAGCGUGAGACCGAGGCCAACACCAUGAUGCCCUUUAGUUGUCCGGUUCCUCAGGCUCUAUUGAUGCUGCUGGCGCUGUGCAGCUCAGAAUGUUUUCACAGCUUUUCUCUGAAGUGUCUGUCCAUGAAUUUUCUAUUUGUGAUUUUCUUUUCCUCUCAUUGCUGCGUAAGCCUGGUUCUGAUUUGGAGCAUGGAAAUUAAUGUGAAGUGCGCUUGGCGUUGUUGUACGUGCCUCCAUUUUCAGACGGACUGCGCACCAGACAUGACGAAGCAUGCUAUCUCCUAGUGAUUGUAAACUGAAUUUACAAAUAAUGAGGGAGGUCUUUUACACAAUGGCUGGUUUCAGUUCCGAUUAAGCCUAUUACAAGCAAACUAUGAACUGUCAGGGUUUUGCUUUUCAUUAAAAUGCCAACUUUCUCUCCUUGUCAUGAUCCCCUUGUUGGUCCGCCCCUUCCCCACUCAUCUUACCAUCUUUAUUUAAACUAUGAGUGGAACUGACAUGUCUUUUCAACGGGGAAGGGCACACAGCAGUGGAUUAUGCCCUCCCCCACCACUCUUUAUUCACCACCUGCCCCCCUCUCCCUUUCUCAUUAUCUGCCCAAAGCUCCUGGUGCCUCUGAAAACUAGUCUCUUAGUCCAUACAUGGAACAAAAUCUUUAUUUGGUCCUUUUGUAAUGUUAUAUUUGCAUGUUUCUUUUUAUUUAUGUUAUGUUUAGAACCCACUGAUGGAUAUCUGUGGUUCAGAUGUGGAUUUGCAUACCCUGUUACGCCAAAUUUGAAGUCCUGAGUUUGAGUGUAUGAGGAGGAAGGUCUGCGAUGUGAUGAUAUAAUCCACCUUGUAAAACAUUAAUGAUAAAUAUGAUGAUGAUGAAUAAUAUUGUGAAAUAAAGGGCUAAAAAUCAAUAUUUUAGAGACGCUCCUGACACAACUGAAGGAGUUGAGUGCUGCAGCUGACAUUACUAAACGCUAAAAUAUGUCACCUCUGCAAUAUUAAUGAAGUAUUAACAGCCUUAAAGCUUUAUGCCAUUAUGCACAUUUGCAAUAAAUAUUUUUCUGUGGAAUAAAUGUAACUUUUAUUUGCAUGCAUCUUUAUUCGGUCUUUAGUCUUAUUUAACUGUGACACUAUGGGAAGGUUAAACGUGGGAUUAGCCUGGAUUGUCUGCAAAAUGCGUGGAUUACCUCUUUCCUAAAUGUAAUCUUGUGUAUUGUAUGUUUGUGUAUGAUAUAAACUGUUCAUUUUCUUUAAUAAAUGUAAAGUAAUUUUGACAA